AUGUCGGGAUUCCACUGGGCGGACACGAGAGGAGCUGACGGUGCGCCCCUGCAAAUGACCUUGAGGGGUCGACUGGCUGGUCACUUGCCAGCACUGUUGCCCGAACUGCGCCGCGACUUGUCUUUGUCGUUUGAUCGACGCUUCGAGUCGCUCACAGAGGUCAAAGGCCUCAGACAAGGCGCACUCUUCCCUACUAUUCUCGAUGCUGUUGCCAGGUACAACGCGCUUGCGCUCUUUGGAGAGGAGUUCUGCCGUCUUUAUGAUGUACCGGAAGAUCCCGGGCUGGUGCGGUAUGGAGUGCACAUGAUCGAGCACACAUUGCUGAUUGCUGAAGUCCUCCGCAUGCUUCCUGCCUUUAGCCGCGACCUAAUUGGGAAAUUCAUGUCCGCACGCCUCAAUUCUGGUACUGUCAUGACUGAGGCCCUGCUCCAAAUUGUGACUAAGCGGUUCGAGGAGCGCGAGCUUCAUAGAGCCGGCCAGGAUACCCCGGAACACCAUGAUUGCAUUCAGUGGAUCAUGGAUCAUUCGCCCCGUCACAAGCCUUGGACCGCUAUGCGUGUCGUGCACGAGCUCAUUGCCGUGUGGUUUGGCUCAGUGCACAUCGCGUCAACGACUGCCUGCGCAGCCCUUUUCGAUCUUUGCGACCACCCCGAGUACGUGCCCGUUCUGCGGCAGGAGAUAGAAACGACCGGAUGGAAGGCGUUCGAUAAGGCAGGGGGACAGAUCUUCCCGCUGAUGGACAGUUUCCUUGAAGGAAAUCAGUCAGCACGCAAGGUCUUGAAGCCGUUUCAGUUUUCGGACGGGACCGAGGCGCGAGCAGGGCAAUGGAUUUGCUCUGCGCCCAAAGCCAUGAACCGCAACCCGGACACCUGGGCCAAAGCAAACGAGUUCUACGGCUUUCGGUUCGCCAAACCAGAGAUUCUGGAACAAGCUUUGAGCAGCCAUGAGACAUUGGUUUCGCCAUCAUCUCAUGAGGAGAAGUUUUAG